AUGGCCGUUGCUAGUUUAAACAUGUCUCCAAUCUUCAGUGGAUAUCCUUUCCAAGGCCAGGGACGUGUGAACCAACUCGGUGGAGUGUUCAUAAAUGGACGACCUCUGCCGAACCACAUUCGCCUGCGCAUCGUUGAGAUGGCUGCGUCCGGAGUGCGACCAUGUGUGAUUUCCCGUCAACUGCGAGUAUCGCACGGAUGCGUCUCGAAGAUCCUGAACCGCUAUCAAGAGACAGGAUCGAUUCGUCCUGGUGUCAUCGGUGGCUCGAAGCCGCGCGUGUCGACGCCCGAGAUAGAGACGCGCAUCGAGGAGCUGCGUAAGGCCAAUCCCGGCAUCUUCAGCUGGGAGAUUCGCGAUCGUCUGAUCAAGGACGGUCUGUGCGAUAAAACGUCUGCGCCGUCGGUGAGCUCGAUCAGUCGCCUAUUGCGCGGUGGCCGCCGCGAAGAUGUAGAGCUCCGUGGCAAUCACUCGAUCAACGGCAUCCUGGGAGAAUCGUCCUGCGAGGAAGACAGCGACACUGAAUCCGAACCCGGUAUCACCUUAAAGCGCAAGCAGCGCCGCUCACGCACUACCUUCAACGGGGAGCAGCUGGAAGCACUGGAGAUUGCCUUCAGCCGCACGCAAUAUCCAGAUGUAUACACUCGGGAAGAGCUCGCCCAGAAGACUAAACUAACCGAAGCACGCGUACAGGUCUGGUUCUCGAACCGACGUGCUCGGUUGCGUAAACACAUGAGCUCCCAGCAGAUGGCCAGCUUUGGAGCGACUCAGUACUCGAAUCAGUUCGAGCAGCAGGCUGCCGCCGUCGCUGCCGUGGCGGUGUCCGCUUCCGGAUCGGGAUCUCCGAUGGGUGCGGGCGCGAUGCAAUCCUGGGCUCAAUGCUACUCAUCAACCAAUCAAGCCACGUCGGUGCAUGCGCCGUCGCAGACCUCCUAUAAUCCGUUGGCGCAGACCAUGAUUCACCCUACGUCAGCCACCAUGAGCCCGCCGGCCUCUAUGAGUCCACCGAGUUCGAUCAGCCCGCCAGCUUCUCACCCAGGAGCCCACUCCACCUCGACCUCGCCUAUCCCGCAACAUACAGCCAGUUCUGCUGCGAACGGACCCCACGGCUACAACUACUAUGCCAUGCUUGACAACACCACGCAUACUCCAACGCAGGCGCAGGUCCAUGCGCACCAUCCACACGCCCACGUCCUUCCCCAUGCACACGCCGGCCAGUUCGGUGCUACUCAGUCUUAUGCGGCCGUCACCGGAGGCUACCCGACGGCGGGUGCCACCCUCGAUGGGGCCAACUCCCAGUGGCAACGUACGGGCGGCGUUUCGCACAACAAGUCCACCACCGAAUGGGACGCAUAUAGCUCGUUUUUCUCGAACAACAUAGCCCACCAUCAUCCGCAUCACCACCCACACGCGUCCGCUCACUACCAAUCGGCGGCAGCUGUUGCCGCUGUGGCGGCUGAGGCCAAAUCCGGCUAUCCUUACUUCGGUCAGCUAGGUGGUCUGGAGAUGAGUCGCCUCCACUGCUAG